AUGGGUGAAAUUCAGUACCCCGGCGCGCACGGCGUCGGCGACGAUGACCGGCAGUACCGGGCGCCCUUUCGUCGCGCCCCACAAUACAGAUGGCCCACGCCCCAGGUGGCGCAGCCCUCGGCCUUCGCCCCGUGGAGGAGAGCGCCGGCGCCCCCGCGACCGGACUAUCGGCGGAGCGCCUCGUAUCCCGGGAAACCGGACGAACCGUUUCAGGACAGAGGUGGUCUGGACAAUAUGAGGUCGUUGGAGCACUAUCUCACCGACAUAAUGCGGGCUGAUACCUCAGAUCACAUGAAAGGCAAAUCGCCGUUCUUCCCCGGCGUGGAGGAGGGCAGCGUGGCGAGUGCGGCGGGCGCGGGGUCUCCGCCCGGACCCAACGAACAGGCGCAGGACGUCGUGUCGAGGCUCAGCGCAGCCGGACUGUCGAUGUGCGUUAGCGCCUUGGGUUCGCCCGCUCGCUCGUCGCCGGUUUCUGCGGGCUCGGAGCACGGCGAGCGAUUUAGCCGGAAGGUGUUUGUUGGGGGUCUGCCGCCCGAUAUCGACGAAGAUGAAAUAACUUCGUCUUUCCGUCGGUUCGGUCCCCUAGUGGUAGACUGGCCUCACAAGGCCGAGAGCAAGAGUUACUUCCCGCCUAAAGGAUACGCUUUUCUGCUUUUCCAAGACGAGAGCUCCGUGGCGGCCCUGAUGGAGGCCUGUAUAACUGACGACGACAAGCUGUACCUGUGCGUGUCUUCGCCCACGAUCCGCGACAAGCCCGUGCAGAUCCGGCCUUGGAGGCUCGCAGACGCCGACUUCGUGCUCGACGCCAGUAUGCCCCUCGACCCUCGCAAGACUGUUUUCGUGGGCGGAGUGCCGCGCCCUCUGAAGGCUGUGGAGCUGGCGAUGAUAAUGGACCGUUUGUACGGCGGAGUGUGUUACGCCGGUAUCGACACCGAUCCCGAACUGAAAUAUCCCAAGGGCGCCGGUCGCGUGGCGUUUUCAAACCAGCAAUCGUACAUCGCGGCCAUUUCUGCGCGUUUCGUCCAACUGCAGCACGGGGACAUCGAUAAGCGGGUCGAGGUGAAGCCGUACGUGUUGGACGACCAGAUGUGCGACGAGUGCGCGGGAGCUCGCUGCGGAUCAAAGUUCGCGCCUUUCUUCUGCGCCAACGUCACUUGUCUGCAGUACUACUGCGAGCACUGCUGGGCGACGAUCCACUCUCGGCCGGGACGCGAGUUCCACAAGCCCCUGGUGAAGGAGGGCGCCGACAGACCGCGCGCCGUCCCCUUCCGCUGGUGCUAG